CUAAACGAGAGGAACUUGACACGAACUCUCAAUGUGAUCUCCUAGAAGAAGGUAGGAAACCCGACGAACUUGAGACCAACUCCGUGACUUAUAUUUCGUACGUUACACGCGAUGGCCUUGUUAUUCCUGAAGGUAUCACUAAGAAGCGCGAUGAGCUGGAUACUGGCUUUUUCUCAUUUGCUUUCUACGACUGUCCAUGUGGCGUUUGUAAAACGUUCACAUCUGCACCAGACAAGAAACGCGAGGAGUUGGAGACCACUUUCGUGGACUAUGAUCCGCGCGAGGAGCUCGCGGCGGCUAUUGAUUACGUCGGCUAGGACAACAGACUAGUACUACAUAACAGAAACAGACGGGCGGGAGAAAAGGAAUACACCGAUAAAUGACGUCGGUAGAAGACUACUAGGCACAAAUAUUCAUAUCAAGCUCAUAUGUCGAC